AGGCGAAACGCAAAGCGCAGACGCGAGGAGCGAGCGGCGGAGGAGGAGGGGAGGCAGCCCGAGGUCCCCGAGGCGAACCCCAAGCGCGCAUCCUUCAGCCGGCGUUACUGUAGUUCAUACGGUUUGAAGAAGGGAAAUGAGCUACUAGUUUGUCAAACUUGGUUCUUCUUGUUCUGCGCUUCAGUUGUUUGCUUUGUCAUGGAAAGAAGAUCCAAUAGGACUCCUCCAUCCGAGGAAAAAGGGGUAUUGGACGUGAAGCCUUUACGGACUUUGGCGCCAAUGUUCCCUGCGCCAUUUGGCUUUGACACGGUUACACAGUCAACUGUGCCUCCCAUUGUUUGCAUCACUCCCUCUGGCUUCUCUCUUUCCUUUCCUGAUCCUGUCGACCAAGGUACCCAGAAAACGGUUGCAAUGAAAUAUGGUCCUAAUGGCUCCAUAAAUGAGACAACAACUAGGACAUCAUUCUCUAGCUUCUUUUGUUCAGCAGGUACUACCAUUGCACUCUCCGAUGAUGAUGACGAUGACGACCCUUCUUUUGAAGGUAAUACAACAUCCUCAGGCAAGAGAGCUAGAAAGGUACGAGCAGAUAGCCAGAAGACAGAUGCCAAAAGUAAACGACCUAUCAAGAGUCCAAUAAAACUACUUCCCUUGUCCCUAUCUAUGCCAGAUGACCCUAGGGAAUCUGUAGAUAUGAUACUUAUGAUGUUUGAUGCACUCCGUAGGAGGCUUCUUCAGUUGGAUGAGGCAAAAGAUGUGGUCAGGCGCCAAGACUUGAAAAUUGGGUCCAUCAUGGCUGCUAGGGAUGUGAGGGCUAAUGUAGGCAAGAGGAUUGGAUCUGUUCCAGGUGUUGAAGUUGGAGAAAUUUUCUACUUCAGGUUUGAAAUGAACUUGAUUGGAUUGCAUGCUCCUAGUAUGGCAGGUAUUGAUUACCUAACAACUAGCUUUGGUGACAAAGAAGAGCGUGUUGCCAUUUGUAUUGUGUCAUCUGGUGGUUAUGAUAAUGAAGAUGAUGAUGUUGAUGUCUUGAUUUACAGUGGCCAGGGAGGUACAGGCAGGCAUAAACAACCAGAUGACCAAAAGCUGGAAAGAGGAAACCUUGCUCUUGAUACAAGUUUUUACAGGAAGAAUCAGAUUCGGGUUGUACGUAGUGCUAAAGAUAUUAAUUGUCAAACUGGUAAAAUAUACAUCUAUGAUGGUCUUUAUAAGAUUGAAAGUUCAUGGACUGAUAAAGGCAAGGCAGGGUUCAACAUGUUCAAGUACAAGUUACUAAGAGAGCCAGGGCAGCCUGAUGGAAUUGCAACCUGGAAAAUGGUGCAGAAGUGGAAAAAGGAUCCAUCUAGUAGAGGUAGAGUGAUACUACCUGACAUAUCAUCAGGUGCAGAGAACUUUCCAGUUUGCCUUGUCAAUGAUGUUGAUUAUGAGAGAAAACCAAACCAUUUUGUAUACAUAACAAAUGUUAAGUGUUCACACCCUACUAAUGUGAUGAAGCCUUUACGGGGUUGCAUGUGUCUUAGUGUGUGUCUCCCUGGUGACCGGAACUGCUCUUGUGCCCAGCAAAAUGGGGGUGAUUUACCGUAUAAUUCAAUGGGCCUUCUUGUAUGUCGUAAGCCUUUAAUAUAUGAAUGCUGUUUAUCCUGCCAAUGCUCUUUUAAUUGCCGAAAUAGGGUCACUCAGAAGGGCAUUAGGCUCCACUUUGAAGUUUUUAGGACAAAAGAAUGUGGUUGGGGUCUUUGUUCCUGGGACCCUAUUAGAGCAGGAACAUUUGUCUGUGAAUAUACAGGUGAGAUUAUUGAUAGUAGGGUUCAAGAUGAAGAUGAAGGGGGUGAGUAUAUCUUUCGAGCUACUUAUCUCGGUGAAAAAGUAAUGAGAUUCAAUUAUAGGCCUGAAUUAUUGGAAGAUCCUGAAUUAGGAAUCGCUAAUGAGGUGUUUCGGCCAUUUCCCUUUACAAUAAGUGCGAAGAAUUCAGGCAACAUUGCACGUUUUAUGAAUCAUAGCUGCUCUCCUAAUCUUUUCUGGCAACCAGUUUUACAUGAUCAUGGUGAUGAGGAGUAUCCGCAUAUAAUGUUCUUUGCGCUGAAACACAUUCCUCCUAUGACUGAAUUGACAUAUGAUUACGGUCCUGGCUCAGAAUCACUUCGAAGCAGGAAAUGCUUGUGUAAAUCUCCAAAUUGUCGAGGCUAUUUUGGAUAAAGCUUGAUCAAUAGUAUAUCAAGCACUGUAAACGACUACAGAUCCAUCAGGUUUGAUGUAUUUUGUUAUGCCGCAACCAACAAACUGUUUUUGUUGUCAACAUGGCGUCGGCUGAUUGCAUUAUGAGAUCUUUGGACAUAAUCGAACUCAAGUCAGGAGCUGAUGCUUUGUAGUGUAGUGUAGGCUACUGACUGCCUAUCUCUUUCUUUCAUGCUGUGGUAGUCUUUCUGAAUUGUAAAAUGUGUAUUUGAUGGGCAAAAUAUUGUUUUAGUUUGAAAGUAAGUGAUGAAUUCAGUUUUAAGUAUUAAUUAGAUCUGAUGAUUUUAGAUCA